GUUGAUUUUAAUGAUUUUUUGUUUUAUUUUUGAGAGCCAACGACGCGUAUUUUGUUUCCUCUGUUGGUGUGUAUUUUUCAGAGCCCAAAUGCAUGCAUGGAAUACAGGACACAGACCUUCUUUUCUGAUCACGGACCACGCAAUGUAUCAGUGGGAGGUUCUUCGGAAAUUCAGGCACCACACAAAUAACCAUCCUGCACUGUUGCUACAAGUGGAGGGGAGGGAGGGAGAUGGGAAUUGAGAUUUGAGGAGUGGAAUGAGUUUUC